AUGAACAAAGUGUCGACCGCGCUUCUUGCGGUCGUUGUCGCGCUGAUCUCGCUCGUUCUCGCCGACGACGCGGGUAGCAGCAACGUCGUCCAGCUCACGGGCGACAACUUUCAGGAGCUCACGCAGCUCGAAACCGGUGCACGCGGCGACUGGCUCAUCAAGUUUUACGCGCCGUGGUGCGGCCAUUGCAAGCGUCUCGCACCCAUCUUUGAAGAGCUCGCUAUCGAGGUCGCGGGCCACACCUCGAUCGCCGAGAUUGACGUCGAGGCGCACAAUGACAUCAAGGAACAGUUUGGCGUCACGGGGUACCCGACGCUGCUCUUCUUCAAGCAAGGCAAGAUGUACAGCUUCAAGGGCGAGCGCUCGGUCGCGGGCUUCAAGAUGUUCCUCGAAGGUGGCUACGAGGCCAUGGACGCCAAGGCCGUGCCCAAGAAGCGCGACCCGAACGCGCCGUCGUUCGUCGAGGCGCUGACCGCCGACACGUUUGACGCCAAGGUGGUCAACAGCAAGGACGGCUGGCUCGUCAAGUUUUACGCGCCGUGGUGCGGCCACUGCAAGCAGCUCGCGCCGACGUACGACGCGCUCUCCCAGGACCUGCACGGUCAAGUGCACAUUGCCAAAGUCGACGUCACCGAGCACGAAGCCAUUGGCGAGCGCUUUGGCAUCCAGGGCUUCCCGACGCUCGUCUUCUUCAAGGAUGGCAAGAUGUACGAGUAUGCGGGCGCGCGCAGCCUCGAUGCGCUCACGACGUUUGUAACGACGGGGUACACGGAGAAGGCGGGCGACCCGAUUCCGAUGGCCGACGGCGGUAUCUCGGAAGACGACUCGGCGGUCGUCAAGCUCACCACCGCCACCUUUGACGAGCUCGUGAUGGCACCGACCAGCGGCGGGUGGUUCAUCAAGUUUAUGGCGCCGUGGUGCGGCCACUGCAAGAAGAUGGCGCGGACAUGGGAAAAACUCGCCGUGUCGCUCCAAAACAACGCCGAUGUGCACAUUGCCAAGGUCGACGCGACCGACGACGUCGAGCUCAAGCUGCGCUUCCAAGUCAACGGGUACCCCACUGUCCUCUUUGUCAAGGACAACAAGAUGUAUGCGUACGACGGCGCGCGCACGCUCGAGGCGCUCGAGGCGUUUGCGACCGGCGGCUACGCCGAGCAGGAGGCCAAGGACAUUCCGACGUCGCCGCUCGUCGACCUCACCGACGACACCUUUGAUGCGGUCACGCGCGUCCAUGAGCCGAACGCCGACGCGUGGCUCGUCCAGUUCCACGCGCACUGGUGCGACCACUGCAAGGACAUGAUGGGCGCGAUGCUCCAAACGGCCUUGACGCUCAAGGACCACGGCAACGUGCAUGUUGCUCGCGUCGACGCCGACAUCAACGCCAAGCUCGGCAUGCGCUUUGCCAUCACGGGCUACCCGACGCUCGUGCUCAUCCGCGACGGCCGCGUCUACGAGUUCGACGGCCUCCGCGACCCCAAGCUCAUGACGGCGUUUGCGCUGACCGACUAUGCAACCAAGGACUCGCGUCCGCUGCCACAAACUCCGAUGGACGGUAAGCCGGCGACCAAGAAGAAGGCGAGCGAGGUGGACCAAGCCGCACUCGUCGACGUGCAAACGCUCACGACCGACGAUGUCCGUGGGUCCAAGCUGGCGCGCCUCGUCAUGUUUCAUGCGCCGUGGUGCGGCCACUGCAACAAGCUGCUCCGACCUUUGGCAAGCCUUCGCAUCGCGUCGUACCCGACCAUUCUGAUGCUCCACGAUGACUCGUACACGCUCUUUGAAGGCGACCGAAGUGUGGACGCGCUUGUGGCGUUUGCCGAUGGCGGCUACACGACGACGACAUCCACGAAGAAGGACAUGCCGGUGAUUCCAACGGCCGAGGCCAUCCAGCCAGCGCAAGCCAAGAAGCAAGCCACGCCGACCGAGAUGGCCAAGAACGUCCAUGUAGCCGAGUGGACGGCCACGAUCUUUGACACGGUGCUGCAAGGACCGGCCAACGGCAGUGUCUCGUCGUCCGAGCUCUUCCUCGUCGAGUUUUACGCGCAGUGGUGUGGCCCGUGCCGCGCGUUUGCAGCCGCGUACGAGGCCAUCGCCCAGGAUCUCAAGAGCGACAUGGUCGUCGCGCGCAUCGAUGGCGCACUCGAGGAGGAGCUGCGCACGCGUCUCAACGUCGAGAGCUACCCGAGCGUGCUUCUGGUCGACAAGACCAAGCGGCUCGUGUACGCCUUCCCGAGCAAGGACGAGCGAACCAAGGACGCGGCGACGACGCCGACCGCGCUGCCGCACCCGCCGUCGGCGCUGCAUAUCAUGUUGCAAUCGUUUUCACUCGCCGUCUCGGAGCUGCUGGCGCUCCGCCUCGAGACGAUGGCGGCCGUCUUGGCGCUCGGUGGCGGCCUCGGCUACACCUUUGCCGUCAUGCGGCCUCACGAAGGCCAAGAAAACGAGUAA